AUGAUAAGAUAAGACUCAAAACGAUGAGCUAAAAACAUUUUUUGAAAUAGGUAUCGUUUUUUCGUGACGUGUCUCUUAUUCGAUAAAAAGAUUUUCCUAAAUACAUUUUACUCAUUGACACUUUCCUUACCUACUCAUAUUUACCGACACAUCUUCUUACUUACCAUGUAGUUAUUAGUUUUAGUUUGUUUUAAUUUUGUUGUUCUUGUAUUAAUGUGAUAUAAAGCGGACAUUUAUGACUCAGCUGCCAAAAUCUGUUACCAUUGCUGAGAAACGAGUGGAAGAUGGCUUACACUCGUUCAGGGCCAUCGCAUUCUUGGUAUUGUGGUAUUUCUUCAGCGGAUGUACAUUAUUUUUGAACAAGUAUAUCCUUUCCUAUCUAAAUGGAGAUCCUACAGUACUGGGAGCAUCUCAAAUGAUCAUGACAACUAUAUGUGGUUUUAUCCAGCUGUAUCUACCUUGUGGGAUGUACAAACAACCAACACAGCGAUCCAAAAGACCGCCAAACUUUUAUAUUCAUAUGUGCUUAGUUGGUUGUACAAGAUUUAUCACUGUACUUUUAGGACUUAUUUCUUUAAAUUAUGUAGCUGUAAGUUUUACAGAGACAAUUAAAAGUUCAGCUCCAAUAUUUACUGUAUUUAUUUCAAAAUUGUUAUUAGGUAUGGUGAAUAUUGUAAAAUAUUAAUAUACAUAUUAUAGU